GUUGAUUUUCUGCUUCGCGGAGCAGACGACCACCACACUCCAGUGCCAUCUUCAUUUCGCUCGUCCGAAAAGUUGACUCUAAGUUUAGUUAGUUCCUGCGCCGGCCGCACUGGAAAAUGUUGAAAAUUUGCAAUGCAUGUCGACAGAAAAUAUUCUGUCAGCAGCUUAAACGGAAUCUUCACCAAACUAAGAAGGUUCUUUGUUCAGAAGUUGAGAUACACCACAACAAGAAAAGAGCUCCAAACAGCUUUUCCUGGAGAACGCAUUCAUGUGGGGAGCUAUCGGCAGCCCAGGUUGGAGAGUCGGUCAUGCUAUGUGGAUGGAUCCAACACAAACGCUACAACUUUAUGCUGACUGUGAGGGACUCCUACGGCGUUACGCAAGUUGUGCUUCCAAAAGAAGAGAAGGAGUCACUUUCCACAACGGAUACAGUAGACGAAAUCCACUUAGAAUCCGUUGUCAUGAUAACAGGAAAAGUGCAAUUGAGACCAGAGGGCCUAACAAACCCGAAAAUGGCAACUGGCGACAUUGAAGUUGCAGCUAGUGAAAUCAAGGUGUUGAAUCCCAGCAAGGAAAAACUUCCCAUACAUAUUAAUGAUUUCCAACAGGCCAAGGAAUCACUGCGGAUGCAGUACAGAUACCUGGAUCUUAGGAGUAACAGGAUGCAGCACAAUCUCCGGCUCCGGUCUGAGAUUAUCAUGAAGAUGAGGGAAUUCUUAUGUAAUCAGCAUGGUUUUGUUGAUGUGGAGACGCCCUCUCUAUUCAGAAGAACCCCAGGCGGAGCCAAGGAAUUCUUAGUCCCGACCCACCAACCGGGGAAGUUUUAUACCUUGCCUCAAAGCCCUCAGCAGUUCAAACAGUUGUUGAUGGUGGGAGGGUUAGACCGCUACUUCCAGAUUGCCAGGUGCUACAGAGACGAAGGCAGCAGAGCAGACAGGCAACCAGAAUUCACACAGGUAGACAUAGAAAUGUCUUUCACCAGCAAGGAGGACCUCUAUGCAAUGAUUGAACAACUUCUGGAGUACUCCUGGCCCCGUGAUAAGCCCAAGCUAGAAACGCCGUUCCCAAGAAUGAGCUACUCGCAGGCAAUGGACGAGUAUGGCUCUGACAAACCAGACACAAGAUUUGAUUGGAAGAUUAUAGAUGUGACAACUGCUCUCAAGGGAUGUGGUCCUUCCAUGUUUGAUUCAGAGAAAGACGAGUUUACAAUAAGAGCAGUCAAUUGUAAAGGCGCAUUGGAGCACCUGUCUAGCAACGACUUCAGCAAGAUCCAGCAAGAAGCCAAAAAGCAUUUUACAGCUGGCAUCUUGGUCAUUCAGUGUAAGGAUGAGCACACCUGGAAAUCCCCCAUUGUGAAACACCUGCCAGAGACUAGCAGGCUUGAAGUGGGGAGGCUAGCAGGUGCAUCAGGGGGUGAUGUGCUGCUUGUCGCUGCAGGUGGACGCAGUAGUGUGACUAAAGUGCUGGGACAGUUAAGACUUGUGUGUGCUGAUAUGCUAGAAUCCAAAGGAGUUCCUGUGAGAGAUCCCGAUGUUUACCGUUUCCUGUGGGUGGAAGACUUUCCACUCUUUCUCCCCAGUGAAGACGGAGCUGAUGGGGACUUGGAAUCGUCGCAUCAUCCAUUCACAGCUCCAGUGCCUCAACAUGUUGACCUCAUGUAUACCGAUCCACUAAAGGUUCAAGGUCAACACUAUGAUCUGGUAUUGAAUGGUUCAGAGAUUGGUGGGGGAUCCAUCAGAAUACAUAACGCUGAACUGCAGGAGUACGUCUUGCAGAACAUUCUCAAGGAGGAUUCGUCUUGCUUGAGGCAUCUCUUAGAUGCCUUGCGGUCAGGCUGCCCGCCCCAUGGAGGCAUUGCAUUGGGUCUCGAUCGUCUCAUAUCCAUCCUUUGCGGGGAACCGUCUAUUCGUGAUGUCAUCGCGUUUCCCAAAACGAUAGAAGGUAACGAUCUGAUGAGUGGGGCGCCCUCUAGUGUUGAGGAUGUUGACUUGGCGCGGUACCAUGUCAGGAUUGAUAGUCCCAAAGAAAGUGAUGUUUCUGAAGAAUUGUGAUUCACAUGUUAACCCCUGCACGCCGGGUGAUGGCUAUAGCCGCGGACCAGUAUGCCCGCGUAUGCGGUCUGUGAGCUGCUGCUAGGCAGCUGCUACUGUGCAGUGCCGCUACUGGCGCUACUGUGCAGUGAAUCAUAUAAGCCUGUGUAGUGAGGCAUGAAAACCCGGCCACAAGGGGUUAAGUCAACGGUUGUGGUAGUGUAGCCUGUGUGCACAAGCACCCCCUCAAUGGUGAAAAGGAGAGAGGCUUGAAGGACAUUGCCACUAUGGGCUCUGUGCACAAGUACCCCCCUGGAAAAGCAAAAAAA